UUAGCAAAACUUCCCCGGCAGAUUAUUGGACGCCGUGUUAGAAAUUCUUAAUUUAUCGACAAUUCCCAUGAAUUAAAGAGACCUUUUACCAAAAAUAACGAAACUUUGAUUCCUUUACCAGUGACAAAACGACGCAAAAGUCCAUAAAAUGGGCGCGUAUUUGAGUGAACCAAUUACGGAAAAAAUCUCGUCGGAAGGUGAAAAUGAGGAAUUUUCUUUUGGAGCGAGUUCCAUGCAAGGCUGGCGCGUUUCGCAAGAAGAUGCACACAACGCGAUUCUGGAUUUCGACACGAACACGUCGUUUUGGGCGGUUUACGAUGGACACGGGGGCGCCGAGGUGUCGGCUUAUUGUGCACAAAAGCUCCCCGCCUUCCUGAAAAAAUUGGAUUCGUACAAGGCGGCAGAUUUUGAGAAAGCGCUCAAGGAUGCCUUUAUCGGCUUCGAUUUGACGCUCUUGGAGCAAACAGUGAUCGAAGAGCUGAAGCAACUGGCAAAGAAAAAUCCGGAUGUCGGAGCGGAAGACAGCGAAUGCGAAGACGAAGACGAAAAUAUCGCCGAUUUGUACAGCGAGGCACGAAUGCCGUUGCGCGAGGUCUUGGAAAAGUACAAGGACAAGCCCGGCAUGUCGGAUGCCAUUGCACGUUUGCAACAAAAUGAGGCUGCCAAGCCGUUGUCGCCAUGCUUGAAGGGUCCCCGAUCAUCGGGAAGUGGCGGCGCCGGACCUUCGAGCAGCAAUAGUGCCGGUGGAAGUUCCUCGUCGUCGUCUUCGGGACACAAAAACGUCAAUGGAGGCAGUUCAUCGUCGCAAGCGGGUGGUUCGUCGUCAUCUUCUUCGUCGUCGUCGGCGGCACAAGUCGUGAAUGACGAUAACGAUGCCACUGUCAGCAGCAGCUCAAGCGGCAAAUGCGAAGAAGUUGCCCGAGAUCUCGCCUCGGAGAAUCCCAACGUUCCUGAUAGCUCAUCGUCGAACAACGCGACAACUGCGGCGCCCAAAUCCACGGAAUCCGUAUCGACAUCGUCGGCAAAGGCAACGAAAGAAGUUGUUUCCGCCACAGAUGCUGUCACAAAUGGCGAGGUAGUGUCCAGCGGAGUUGCCGGAAAAUCCGAGGGAGUGUCAUCAAGCAGCUCAGGUGCCUGCGAAAACGGCGAAGUAUCCAGCAACACGAACAACGAGGUGAAAAAUCUCGAUUCCAGUACAGACGAUAGCGAUGAAGAUGCUUUGGAAGAAGAAAAUUCUGACACUGAAAACGGAGAUGAGGAAGCAGAUUUGGAGGAAAUUGAAUCAGAAGAGGACGAAGAUAUGUUAACAGAAGAGGAUGAGGAAUUCAUGAAUAAUAUGGCUGAUGAGCCAGGAAAGGAUAGCGGAUGUACAGCUGUGGUUGCCCUUAUCCGUGGAAAUGACUUAUACGUAGCUAAUGCAGGUGACUCUCGUUGCGUGAUUUGCCGUGCUGGGGAAACGAUCGAGAUGAGUUUGGACCACAAGCCAGAAGAUCAAAUUGAGUUUGAUCGCAUCAAGAAAGCCGGAGGACGAGUAACUGUUGACGGUCGUGUAAAUGGGGGACUUAAUUUAUCGAGAGCUAUUGGCGAUCAUGGAUACAAAACAAACAAAGAUUUACCGCCCGAGGAACAGAUGAUUUCAGCCCUUCCCGACGUGCGAAAACUCACACUGACACCCCAAGAUGAGUUUAUGGUCUUAGCUUGCGACGGAAUUUGGAACUUUAUGACUUCGGAAGACGUUGUGCGGUUCGUCCGAACUAAACUUGCGGAAAAUCCUCAGAUUAAAUUGACAAAAAUAUGCGAAGAGCUUUUCGACUUUUGCUUGGCGCCCAAUACAAUGGGCGAUGGCACCGGAUGCGACAACAUGACUGCAAUUAUUGUCAAAUUCAACAAGAACGUUCCAGUAGAAAGUGGCGGUGCCUCGACAACGACGACAAAACGUGCCGCCGAUGAAGUUGCCGUCCCCGAUGAUUCGCCAUCCACGGCACCGAGUGCAUCGAAACGCGCAAAAGUCGACGAGGAAAGUGAGUUGUCGAGCAGUAAUAGUGUGACAACGGCAGCGGAUCAGGCGCCCAUUAUCGAUACUUCGUCGUCGACGUCUUCAUGAACUGGAAACUAAACCAACUUCUUCUUUUUUAAUGAUUAAAAUGAUUUGUAUAAAAAAAAAA